CCUGCGGGUAACGGUCCAGGUGUCUCCGCCGCAGCAUCAGCCCAGCCCACCUGCACCUGCACCCGCAGCGGAGCCUCAGGGAUGGCGCCCGGGGACCCCCGACGCCGGGAGGUGGAUUCAGUGGCCUUUGAAGAUGUGGCUGUAAACUUUACCCUGGAAGAGUGGGCUCUGCUGGAUCCUUCACAGAAGAAACUCUACAGAGAUGUGAUGCGGGAAACCUUGAAGAACCUAGCCUCAAUAGGAAGAAAAUUGGAAGACCAUAACACUGACGAUCAGUACAAAAAUCAGGAAAGAAAUCUAAGACAUUAUAUGGUAGAGAGACUCUGUGAAAGUAAAGAAGGUAGUCAAUGUGGAGAAAACUUCAACCAUAUUUCAAAUCUUAAUCUGAACAAGAAAACUUCUGAAGUAAAACCAUGGGAGUGCAGUGUGUGUGGAAAAGUUUUCAUGAGUCGUUCAUCCCUUAAUAGGCACAUGAGAUCUCAUACUGCACCCAAACCAUGCAAGUAUCAGGAAUACGGAAAGAAGCCUUACAAAUGUAAGAUAUGUGGGAAAGCCUUCAGUUAUCUUCAACCUUUUCAAAAACAUGAACGAACUCACACGGGAGAGAAACCCUACCAAUGUAAACAAUGUGGGAAAGCCUUUAGAUAUCAUCAGACCUUCCAAACACAUGAAAGAACUCACACAGGAGAGAAACCCUAUGAAUGUAAGCAAUGUGGUAAAGCCCUCAGUUGUUCCAGUUCCUUUCGAAGUCAUGAAAGAACUCACACUGGAGAAAAACCCUAUGAAUGUAAAAAGUGUAGUAAAGCCUUCAGUUGUCCCAGUUCUCUUCGAAAACAUGAAAGAACUCAUACUGGAGAGAAACCCUAUGACUGUAAGGAAUGUGGGAAAGCCUUUAUUUCUCUCGGAAGCUUUCAAAGACACAUGAUAACACAUACUGGAGAUGGACGUUAUAAAUGUAAGGACUGUGGGAAAGCAUUCAAUUGUCCCAGUUCAUAUCGAAUACAUGAACGAUCUCACACUGGAGAAAAACCCUACAAAUGUAAACAAUGUGAUAGAGCCUUCAGUUGUUCCAGUUCCUUUCGAACACAUGAAAGAACUCACACUGGAGAGAAACCCUAUCAAUGUAAGGAGUGUGGAAAAGCUUUUCACUGGCUUACGACUUUUCAAGUCCAUGUGAGAACUCACACUGGAGAGAAACCCUAUAUAUGUAAGCUAUGUGGUAAAGCCCUUAGUUGUUCCACUUCCUUUCGAAGACAUGAAAGAACUCACAGUGCCGAGAAACCCUAUGAAUGUAAACAGUGUAGGAAAACCUUCAGUUCUGCUCUAGGUUUGCAAAUACAUGAAAGAACUCACACUGGAGAGAAACCCUAUAAAUGUGAGGAAUGUGGGAAAGCAUUUGUGUCUCUCACAAGCUUUCGAAGACACAUGAUGACGCACACUGGAGAUGGCCCUUAUAAAUGUAAGGAUUGUGGGAAAGCAUUCAACUGUCCCAGUUCAUUUCGAAUACAUGAAAGAACUCACACUGGAGAGAAACCUUAUGAAUGUAAAAUAUGUGGUAAAGCCUUCAGUUGUUCAAGUUAUGUUCAAGUACAUGAAAGAACUCACACUGGAGAGAAACCCUAUGAAUGUAAAGAAUGUGGGAAAGCUUUCAUUUAUCGCACAACCUUCCGAGGUCACAUGAGAGUGCACACUGGAGAAAAACCGUAUAAAUGCGAAGAAUGUGGGAAAGCCUUUAGUCGACCCAGUUCAUUUAGAAGCCAUGAAAGAAUUCACACUGGAGAGAAACUUCUUCAGUGUAAGCAUUGUGGGAAAGCUUUCAAUUGGCCCACAUCCUUACAUAAACAUGUCAUGAGAAUGCACACUGGAUAA